UCGAAUUUGAAAGACAGUCCACGAAAAAGUUCAAAGAAUAAAAUAUAAGGCAUUGAUCACAGCAUUUCUAUCAACCUAGACCGAACUACUUCUCAAGCACUCGUCUACAUGCAGCAACCAAACUACGGUGCCACAAAGCCGUCUUCAGACACACAUCAACUCAAUCAGAAACAUAUCAUGGACAUGUACCACGACAACUCUGAGGCAGACAAUCAACCUCUGAUCCAAAAACCUCAUGAUGACGAGAACCAGCCUUCAACAUAUAACAGCGAUAUGAUCCGAGACAUAAUAAUAGGCUUCGCUGAUGGCCUUACCGUUCCCUUCGCCUUAACAGCGGGGCUAUCCUCGCUUGGCUCUACGAAGCUUGUGGUCAUGGGUGGCUUGGCAGAACUUUUCUCAGGUUGCAUUUCCAUGGGGUUGGGGGCAUAUCUCGCUGCAUCCACAGAGGCCGAGAGCUAUGCGCAUCGCCGUGAUGAGUUCCUUGGUGCCUAUUCCUCUGAUGAAGAGCGGCGAAAGUGCAAGAAAGAGAGGGUCUAUGGUGUCUUGACGGAGCGGUAUCAGAUCUCUCGGGAAGCUGCGCGGCCGCUUGUGGAAGAGCUCGUCGCCAAGGACUGCUGCCAGCCAUCAAAGGAAAAAGACAGUGUAUCCAGCCCAUGGGUGAGGUUUGUAAUGGAUACGGAAUUAAAACUCGAGGCGCCGGAUGUGAAUCGUGCUUGGAUCAGCGCGCUGACAAUGGGGUUGAGUUACUUUAUUGGUGGGCUGAUACCAAUGAUCCCCUACUUCCUCAUGGAAAAAGCUACCGAAGCUUUGAUCAUAUCAAUCGCAAUCACAGUGGUAAUACUUUUGGUUUUUGGAUAUAUCAAGAACUGGGUUAUGAUAAGGAACAAGCGUGCCGGGUUACGGGGAGCAUUGCAGACACUUGUUAUUGGUGCAUUAGCUGCUGGUACGAGUUAUGUUAUCGUACGGGCUUUGGACUAGCAAUACAGGAAUACUACAUUUGUAAGGCAAAUCAGUAUCCGUCACUUGACCUUAACGUUAUAAAAUCAUGUGUCUAACCGUAUGCGAAGCAUCAUUUUCUUCCA